CUGUUUACAACAAUGGGAGUCUUGGCUCAAGGGGACAACAACUACCUCCAGCCUGAAUAUCAACAGGGUGGCUACGAUGGUGCGGCCUACGGCGAGUCAUCCGAGCCUGUUUACCCUCCUACGCCAUACAGUUUUGGCUACGACACCGAGGACGAAUAUGGCAACAAGCAGUUUCACAAGGAAGAAGGUGACUCACAUAAUAUCAAGACCGGCUCGUAUGGCUACACCGAUGCUAACGGGCUGUACCGGCGUGUGAACUACGUCGCCGACGGCACUGGGUUUCACGUCACCAUUACAACCAACGAGCCCGGCACGGCCCCCGGACGCAGUGCUAACGCAAUCUACAAUGCUGACCCUGUUGUGGUACCACCGGUUGUAGGCCGAGCUUCGGCCUCCGGUCACGUGUUGUCCUACGCCGUAGCCCCAUCUUACCUCGUAAAGGCUGCCCCUUAUGAAUCUCUAGCCCUCGCGCACCUCGGAUAUCCUGCCUAUAUUCACGGCGAGUACGGGCGGAGGAAGCGAAGCGCUGUCUAUCGGCAGUAGAAGCAAAAGGGAGCGAAGGAUUUUUAAUCAACUAGUACGCGUGCCCUUGAAUGCAGGACAACGAAGUUAAAUAGUACACCUAAAUGAGAUGUUUGCUGGGCGAACACUAUUAGGAACGGUGUAGCGUAAGGGGUAUGCGUUGGGUAAGGCGCUUGUCUAAAUCCCUGACAGGCACAUUCAGGCUGUCUGGGAUAUUUUGCAGAAAACAGCAAGAAAACUGCCAAGGGACCACAAUGUG